UGCUAUUUUCUUUACAUCAAGUCUGUGUGGUUUUAGAGUGCUAGCUUCGCUCCUGUUGCCAUUCAGUCUUUAGCUGCCGAAGACAAAUACAGUUUUUAUCUGGCAGUUUCAACAUCAGCCGGCUUCACUUUGUUUAAUGAUCAGUCAGCGUGAAUGAGAAACCGCGAAGAGAGCGCUUCCGCGAGUUAAAUAUUAGCCAGCUUCAACAAACCGCCAGGCUAGUUUAUAGCUAACAACAGCUAGCUAUUUAUGAAAACCAUCACUACAUGAGAUCUGGUUGCUAGUUAAAGUCCCCAUAACCAAGCCUCAGCGCCUUUGACUGUUUCGAGUGUGGGAUCUGAGGCCAGCCUUAGUGAGACGACCUCCCGUCCCUACAUCAUCCGGAUGAGGAAUGCUGGCAGCAUGCAGCCUGUGUUUAGAACUGAUGCUGAUGUCUGGUCCCAAACAAAAAGCCUCCUGCACAAGAAUCUGCUCAUCAAAUGGAGGACCAAGCAGCAGAGCCUCCAGGAACUGAUCCUCCCUCUGCUGCUCCUGAGUCUCCUUAUUCUCAUCAGCACACUGAACCCACAUAUUUAUUAUGGAGACAUCAGCACAGUAGAGCUGAACAGCAACUUCCAGAAGAUCUUCAAGGACUUCAGUGGUCUGGGCUACACACCAAUCACAAACAUCACCAGUCACAUCAUGGAAGAUGUGGCCCGGGAGAUAAAUAUGCAGGAUCGUCUGGAGUUUUUUGCCAGUGAGGAGGACUUGGAGAACGCCAGCUUGUACGACCCGUCUAGCUACAUCGGUGUUGUGUUCUUGAACAGCGCCGCCACAUCGUACAAGCUGCGCUUUCCAUACAAUAAACUGCCCCUUUCAAGGGAUUACACCGAGUCUGUUGCCAGCUGUUACAGCAGCUUGGAGAAAUGCCGAGCAGCUAAUUACUGGCUCUCUGGUUUCUCUCAUCUUCAGUCGCUGAUCGAUGCAGCCAUCAUUCAGAUGCAGACAAAGCGCUCUGUGUGGAAAGAGCUGAGUCUGAACGUGUUUAUGAUGGGCCAGCCAAGCUUUGUAGAGGUGCACGAGUUCCCCCAUGCCCUCAUCUCCAUCUACUUAGUGCUGGCUUUCACCCCCUUCGUCACCUUUCUCAUCGUCAACGUGGUGGCUGAGAAGGAGCAUCGCCUUAAAGACACCAUGACUAUGAUGGGGCUUUAUAACACGGCCUUCUGGUUAUCAUGGGGCCUGUUGUACGCCGCCCUGGUGACCGCCAUGUCCAUCCUGAUGGCCCUUAUCGCCACAGUCACCUCACUGUUCCCCAACAGCGACUUCUUCAUCAUCUUUUUCCUCAACUUCCUCUAUGGAAUAUCAUCUAUCUUUUUCUCCUUCAUGUUGACGCCAUUAUUUAAGAAGCCGAAGUUUGCGAGCACGGUGGGCUCCAUGCUGACGGUGGUGUUCGGCUGCAUGUCGCUCUUCGUUGUGCUGAUGAAAGACUUCCCACAGCCGCUGGUUUGGCUCCUCUGCUUGCUCUCUCCCAGCGCCUUCUCAAUCGGGAUUGCACAGGUGGUUUACCUGGAGGCUCAGGGAUACGGGGCCGUGUUUUCCACCCUAACCAGCGGUCCUUAUCCCCUCUACGUCCCCCUGUUCAUGCUGGCUGUGGACUGUGUUCUCUACCUUCUUUUGGCUGUUUACCUGGACCAGGUGAUUCCUGGUGACUUUGGAAUGAGGAGAUCCCUGUUGUACUUCCUGAAGCCGUCCUAUUGGUCCAAAGACAGGAAGCGCUACGUUGAAGUCAGCUCGGUUUAUGACGCUGAAGCUAACGGCGCCCCUGCUGGGGAAGAGUGUAUUGAGCCCGUUUCCCCUGAAUUCAGAGGAAAAGAAGCCAUCCGCAUCAACAACAUCCGAAAAGUCUACAAAGACAAGGACAACAUGGUGGAGGCUUUGAGAGGCUUGACGUUUGACAUCUACGAGGGCCAGAUCACAGCCCUGCUGGGACACAGCGGAGCUGGAAAGUCCACUCUAAUGAACACCCUCUGCGGCAUCUGCCCGCCCACAAACGGCUCGGCCACCAUAUACGGGUCUCCUGUUGCAGAGGUCGCCGAGGGGUCGGAGAUGAAGCAGCUGGUGGGAAUCUGCCCUCAGUUCAACAUAAUCUUUGAUGUGCUCACUGUGGAGGAGCAUCUGAAGAUUUUUGCUGCCAUAAAAGGAAUUCCACCUGCAGAUGUUAAAACUGAGGUGACCAAAGUGCUGAAGGAUCUGGACCUGGAGAAGAUUAUGACGGCUCAGGCUAAGAAUCUAAGUGCAAGCCAGAAGAGAAAACUCUCCGUGGGCAUCGCCAUCCUCGGAAAUCCAAAGAUUCUUCUUCUGGAUGAACCUACAGCAGGAAUGGACCCCUGCUCCAGACACCAGGUCUGGUCUCUGCUGAAGAAGCUCCGAGCCGGCAGAGUUAUAGUUCUCAGCACGCAUUACAUGGACGAGGCGGACAUCCUCGCUGAUCGUAAAGCCGUGAUCUCUCAAGGGCAGCUGAAAUGCGUCGGCUCCUCCCUUUAUCUCAAGAUCAAGUGUGGGGUUGGUUAUCAUCUCAGAAUGUCAGUCAGUGAGGGAUGUAAUGCAGAAAGUGUUGUAUCACUGGUCAACCGUCAUGUUCCCAAAGCAAAGUUGUCCCGACAGCAUGAGGCAGAGCUGACGUUCACGCUGCCUUUUGAAAGCAUGGACACAUUUCCAGGAUUGUUUUCGGAGCUGGACUCGCAACCAAAGUUGGGGAUAAUUAAUUAUGGGGUUUCCAUGACGACCCUGGAAGAUGUUUUCCUUCGUUUGGAGGCAGAAAAUGAAGUGGAUCAAGCUGACUACAGCGUGUUUAACCAAGAGCAGGCUGAGGAUGAGUACGAUAACGCCGCUGUGGAUGAUACGGACCAGCGGCUGCUCUCGUUCUCUGAAAAUAAGUCGGCUGUGUCGGGUCACGCUCUGUGGUGGCAGCAGUUCAGCGCCGUGGCGUGGCUGCACAUGCUCAACAUGCGUAGGGAGUGGAAGGCUUUCAUCUACACUCUGGUUCUGUUCCUGCUGUUUGUUGGUACCAUCCUCGUGAUUUCGCUGGUGACAGGAAACAUCCAGAUUCACUCACCAGAACGGCAGUUUUCACCCAUUUACCUUCUCAAAAAAAAUCAGGCACCUCACAGAUAUGCCACCAGCCUGCUGGUUCAGAACUCAUCAGAUUCAGACAUUUCUGACUUCAUCGGUAACCUCGAAUCGCAGGACAUCAAAGUGGAGUUGAUGAGAGGCAGCAGCUUCAUGGAAGUAGCUCCUCACAGUGCUGCCAUCAAUGUUACAGGAUCCAGCAAGGGUUUUAAAUACAGCAUCGCCUUUAACAGCACCACUGUUCACGCUUUACCCAUGGCUGUAAACAUUCUGAGCAACGCCAUCCUCAGAGGUCUGAACGGAUCCGGGCAGAUCCGAACCUGGACAAAACCAUUUGAGAAUCAAAUCUCCGAUAAAGUGUCGUAUGCUUUGGUCUGCAUUGAGGCCAUCAUGCUGGGAAUGUUGGCAGCUGGAAUGCCUGCCUAUUUCGCCAUGGACCACACUCGAGAUCGAGAGAUAAAGUGCCGUUCAAUGCUGCAAAUCUCCGGUCUGUUGCCAUCAGCCUACUGGUGCGGUCAGGCAGCGGUGGACAUCCCCUUCUACUACCUCAUCCUUUCCUUGAUGAACAUCAUCCUCUUCUCCUUCCACUCUGGAAACCUGCUGGUUUCUGGCAACCUCACCUCUCUGGUUCUCUGCACUGUUGGCUUUGGUCCAGCCGUGAUCCUCCUCACGUACGUGGUUUCAUUUGGAUUCACACGGGUCCAGAGCAACAGGGACUUCUUUUCUUUUGUCUCCAUGAUGGUGUGUGUGGUUUCUGCCUUCCUGGUCCAGUUGUUUGAGUUUGAAACCCCUGAAAUAACAGGAAUUCUGCAGAAUGUCCUGUGUCUCCUGAACCCUCUGUAUCCUCUCAUGGGCUGCCUGAACUGCAUUACCAAGGCAACAUUCCUGCCAACUCUGUAUGUGGAGAACUCCCUGUGGAAAAGUCAGCUCAUUUCAGCUGUAGCUCCCUAUCUCCAGUGCAUCCUGCUAUUGUUCAUUCUCCGUUGGCUGGAGAUCCGUUAUGGAGGGAGGGCGAUGAAAGAUGACCAGCUUUGCAGGAUCUCGUCCAAGUCAAAACCCAAGCUGGAUUGGGCCCCAGAUGAAGGGAUGAACGAGGAUGAGGAUGUUCAGAUAGAGAAGGCCAGAGUGAAAGAGGCACUCACCUGCCAGUCCUGUGAAGAGAAACCUGUCGUGGUUGUGCAUAACCUGAGGAAGCAGUACAGAGGCAGAAAAGAAGGCUUCUCUUUUGGCAAGAAGACCAAAGUGGCCACAAAGAACGUCUCUUUCUGUGUUCGAAAAGGUGAAGUCCUCGGACUGUUGGGUCCAAAUGGGUCAGGAAAGAGCACCAUCAUGCACAUGCUGGCAGGUGUCACCAACCCCACGGCGGGCCAGAUUCUGAUGGGAGACUACAGUACCGAGUUUCAUCCAGUGGACAACCCUCUGGAGCACGUGGGCUAUUGUCCUCAGCUGAACCCUCUGUGGCCCAGAAUCACUCUGCAGGAACAUCUGGAGAUCUACGCCGCCAUCAAAGGUCUGAAAGGACAGGAUGUCCCCGGCAUCAUAAAGCGAGUGUCCAAUGCUCUGGAGGUGAAGGAUCAUUUGCACAAACCGGCCAAGAACCUUUCAGCAGGACUCAAACGGAAGCUGUGCUUUGCUUUGAGUAUGAUCGGGAAUCCUCAGAUCGUCCUGCUGGAUGAACCGUCGUCGGGAAUGGAUCCCAAAUCUAAGCAGCGCAUGUGGAGGGCCAUUCGCGCUGCGUUCAGGAACUGCCAGCGUGGCGCCAUCCUCACCACUCACUACAUGGAGGAGGCCGAGGCUGUGUGCGACCGUGUCGCCAUUAUGGUUUCAGGCCAGCUGAGAUGCAUUGGCUCCAUCCAACACUUGAAAGGGAAAUUUGGUCAGGGCUACAGCCUGGAGGUGAAGCUCAGAGAGGAGCACAUGGGGCUCCCGCAGGUGGCGCUGCUGCACGACGAGAUCCUCCGAAUUUUUCCACAUGCUGCACGCCAGGAGAGCUUCACCACACUGAUGGUUUAUAAGAUCCCCAUGGAGGACGUGAAGUUUCUGGCUCAGGCGUUCUCCCAGUUAGAGAACGCCAAAAAGACUUUUGACUUUGAGGAGUACAACUUCUCUCAGUCAACUUUAGAGCAGGUGUUCCUGGAGUUUGCCAAGGAGCAGGAGAUCGACGAUGAUGAGGUGGGAUCCAUCAGUACGACCUUUCAGUGGCAGAGGCUGCAUCAGGACGGCGCUGUGCCCACUCACCAUGCUGACAGCAUCGUUCACCAGCUUUGAGGUCAUCCGGAACUUCGUCUCACGGCGAUCCUCCACUCAAUCCUUGGAAGUGACUGAGGCUGAGCAGCGACUCGCACAUGCUCAGACAGCCUGUGUGUGCGUGCACGCUCAUAGCAGAUCUGUGCACGUGUGUAACCCUCGUCCACUGGUGCUCCGUGUUUAAUCAAGGGUGUUCAUCAGCAUGCAGAAGCCACGCCCCCUCCUCUUUCCCACUUCUUGGGAAGUGUUUCUGGAAAGGAUUUUUGAUAGAUUUGUUUUGUGAUCUGGCGUCACGCUUGUUUUUGUGUAAACCAGAACCCAGAUCUACUCAUGCAGCACUCUAGCACCUCCUCAUCGAGGAGCAGCAGAGCACAGGGACUUUCUGUCUGGAGGAGGUGCUGCAGCUCGGGGGUGAGGUGCACAGCGUGGGAAUGUUGUUGAAUCAGUACAUGUAGCACAGACCUCAGACACAGCGGGGGGACGCAUUCACUCCCUCCUCUCCUCUCCUCUGCUGAGAUUUUGGUUUUUAAUGUCCGAUCAGCCUGAGAGGAGCAUUUCUAACUUCAGUGAUGGCUCUGAGGAGUUUUCUGACAUCACCGUUUUUCACUUUGGUGCCACUUUAAUCUCACAUCUACUGGUUUUGUUAGCUGUGUUGGUGGUGGUGGUGUAAAUACUGAAUCUGUGUAACUGCGGCUGUUUCAGCGUCAUCUGGUAUUCAUUCAAACAGGCGUGUCAUUGGUGCAAUACUUAUCAGCAAAUUGUAAUUUUGUUUUCAUGACAUUCAGGUGAAAGAACGCCACCUCACAGGGAUAAUUCAUCAGUAACCAGCUGGGAGGAGAUUUAUUUUCUCUAUGUGCUGAAUUAACUUCAUCGUAUGACAAACAAAAAAAUACUGCAGCAGAUUUUUUAUAGGAGGGAAACUCCAGGAGAAGCUGAAAUGUUAGAUUCUGUUAGAAUAAAGCUCUGGUUUAUUUUUCUAAGUGUCAGGGAUGAGUUACACAUCCAUGUAGUAGCUCUCGUGUAUCUAGCUUAAUUAAAAAAAUUUUUGUUUUUUUACUGAUGUCAUAAAUUAAAGACUCUGUUUGACUUAAUUUCAUGUUUGAUCGUUUUAAAUGUGAAACACUGGACGAGUAUUAUUUGUCGCACACAUGAAUCUUUUUCCUCAUCCAGUCAAACACUGACUCUGCCUUCACUAAAGCGUGAUCUUUUCACUACGUUAACAUCUUACUGUGUGUUAAUUUCAUUUGAUGCUGCUGAUUUAAGUGGUUUUAUAACAUGUAGCCGUCCAGAAAACAAGGUUUUUUUUUUGCACUUUUUUAACUGCUGGGUCUAAAACAGCAGCGUCAUGUUUAGUUCACUCCAAAAAGACCAAAAUGCUGGUUUUCUUUGGCUUCUCCAGGUGGUGGUAAAAUUGCACUAUUUCUGGGAUAUUUUAUAAAAGCUUUCUUUAAAUAUGCAAUCUGUAAAUUCUCCGUAGUGAUUUUAUAAUUUAAAUUUUGUGGUUCCACUGUGUGCUGUUUGUCGUAUCGUCCCUGUGUCUGAAUGGAACUCUCAGUGAUCAAACUGGUAACCUCUUAUUUAACCUUUUCAUGAAUAAUAAACAUUUAUUCAAAUA